UUUGGAAGUUGAAUUCGUUUGAAAAAAAGUUCAAUUUUUGUGAGUUGUAUUUGAAGAUUGAAGUUGAAAAAUGGUGUUUGGAAGUUGAAUUUGUGUUUUCACUUGAAGAAAAGUUCAAAUUUUGUGAAUAGUAUGUGAAGUUUGAAGUUGAAAAAUGGUGUUUGGAAUUUGGCAUUGUGUUUUCACUUGAAAAAAAGUUCAAAUUUUGUGAGUAGUAAUCGAAGUUUGAAGUUGGAAAAUGGUGUUUGGGAGUUGAAUUUGUGUUUUUAUUUUUCUGUGUGUUUGAAUCUUUGAGACCAUAUGAAUGCAUAUUCAGCUCCGUGGACACUCUACCCUCCCCAGACCUCACUCCUUAGACCUCACUUUGUGGGAUUAUAGUAGGACUCGAGCUGAAAUAUAUUGAGCGCAAUAGCCCUUCCAAUUCUGGAGAAUUUGACACUCAUAGACAAAUUGUUACCAGUACAGCUUUGUAAUUCAAUCUAUUGCUUACAGAAGGAAAUAGAAUCCAUUACCAUUUGAAAGCCUUUCUUGAUGCUGGGGAACUAGAAGAGGAUACAGAAUUGAAACUACACGAACUGUUAGCCGUUAGCUAUGAGCAAUGCAUGCGUUUCGAGAUUCAGCAACAUUCAGAUAGCAGCUGUCCCAUUUCCUGGCAGAAGCUAUCAUGGCAUUGUUUUCUUGAGGAACUUCUCAACUUUGACAGCACCAUGUAUCUCUCCAAGCAUUCCUCUCAGUUAUCCUCCACCAUCAGUAGUUUCAGUGGCCUGCCUAACCCAAUCAGAUGCUCCACAACGUUCUGAGGAGUGGUUUGCCCUUCGCAAAGACAAAUUGACUACAAGCACCUUCAGCACUGCUUUAGGAUUCUGGAAAGGGAAUCGGCGAUAUGAGCUCUGGAAUGAGAAGGUAUUUGCUCCAGAAGUCCAAUUACUACCAUCUGCGAGCAGGAGUGCCAUGGAUUGGGGUGUUCUCAUGGAAGCAGUAGCCAUAGAACGCUAUAAAAGCAUCACUGGUCGUGAUGUGAGCUCACUCGGGUUCGCAGUCCAUUUGGAUGAGCGAUUGGAUUGGGUUGGUGCCUCCCCGGAUGGUCUUCUUGGAAGCUUGCCUGGAGGUGGGAUCCUGGAAGUGAAAUGUCCAUACAACAAAGGAAAACCAGAAAAGGGUCUCCCGUGGUCAACUAUGCCAUUCUACUACAUGCCUCAGGUGCAAGGGCAAAUGGAAAUCAUGGACAGAGAUUGGGUUGAUGUGUAUUGUUGGACACCAAACGGGAGUGCAAUAUUCCGUGUCUACCGAGACCGGAGUUACUGGGAGUUAAUGCAUGGAAUUUUAUGGGAAUUUUGGUGGGAAAAUGUGGUUCCUGCUAGAGAAGCUCUUAUAAUGGGAAAUGAAGAGGAUGCCACAGCCUAUAAACCAACAUCAACACACAAAAAAACAGGACUUGUCAUUUCAAGAAGCUUGAAGUUGGCAGGUGAGUCAAAGAUGUUGUGCAGGGAUAUUGCUGGUCAUAUUGAAUUUUUUCGCUAGUGUGACCAACGAGCAUUCAACGCGCAAGUUGAUGAUUUUUUUUGGUGAAGGAGCGCCUUAUCGCCAUUUUUCUAGGCGAAUCUUGAUCAAGUCAAGCUCCAAUGCAAGUACUGAACACUAGGUGGGAAACCAAGAAAACACAUGCGAAGUUGUACGCCUGUUUUCUAGAGCUUGGCAUCUUGAUAGCUAGUCUAUAUGGUCGAAGUUGGGACAAUUACAAUAGCAUACGCCACAUUGUGCUAGAGUUCCACUUGUUAUAGUUUUGAAAUCCAGCAUGGUAGAUGUUCGAUUCGAGUUGUUUCGUGUUUUAAGUAGGGGUAUUUUUGUCCAGGUGUUAUUUUACGAAGAUGCCUGAAGAAACCAUGUAACGUUAUUCGAGUAUUUCGAAUAGAUUUUUCUGCAUUUUGUCCUGCCACAUUUUUAUCCAGUUGAUAUCAAAUUGACAUUACUGAUGCAGUAAUGCAAAGUUCACUUAUUGAAAUUUUCAUAUUUGCGAUGCGA